GAGGAGGAUGUAAGAAAUUAUACAGGAAGCAGCAGAACAGCAGCAGCAGCUACUUUCCUGAUAUCCAUCAAGUUCGUAAGGAUGGUGUUUAUCUUUAUGAAGAAUUCCUCCCUACCUUCGGUACAGAUGUUAAGGUAUACACUGUUGGACCCCUUUUUGCGCAUGCGGAAGCCAGGAAGAGCCCCAGCGUAGAUGGCGUUGUUUGCCGCUCAGCUGAUGGGAAGGAAGUUCGCUACCCCGUCAUACUAACAGAGUUUGAGAAAUGCAUUGCUUAUAAACUCGUGAGGGCAUUCAAGCAAGUUGUCUGCGGGUUUGAUAUAUUACGUACAAGUCGUGGUCCUUUUGUUUGUGACGUAAAUGGAUUUUCUUUUGUUAAAUCUAGUGUUAAAUAUUAUGAGGAUUGUAGUAGUAUAAUAAGAUUAUAUUUCUUAAAUAAAUUAGCAGAUAGAUGUGCACGUGCUGCAUUACAUACUGUUGUACCUUCUUCUUCUUCUUCUUCUUCGUCAUUAGCAUUACCAGCAGCAGCAGGAACAGAAUCAGGAACAGAGGGGGAAGCAACAGCAGCUGCAGCUGCAGCUGCAGCAGCAGCGCAGCAGCAUCAACUACAGUUGCAGCAGAAUCUUGAACUGUAUCUUGCACAGCAGCAGCGUCGUUGUCCUCAUGAAGAAGAUGCAAGUUUACCAGGUGUAUUUUGGGUACCUGGGGGCCCCCAUAGUGGGCCCCUACCUCCUCCAUUAGGAGGAGAAGAGGAGACAGGAGAUGGACGUCGUCGUAUGCCACGUUGUUUAUGUAUGGCAUUAGAGACAGAAGAGGAGACAGAAGGAGUAGAGGAAGAAUUAAGAACAGUAGUAGUAGUAAUGAGACAUGGAGACAGGAGACCUAAACAAAAAUUAAAAUUUUUAUCUACACAACCUAUUUUAUUACAUUUAUUUGAUGGAAAAAAUACAAAAAAAGAAAUUAAAUUAAAAAGUCCUGAGGAGCUUAGGGAUCUAUUAGAGAGGAAUACAGAUAUUAUUACUAAUCUUGGGCGUGAGGUGGCAGCAGCAACUCACGAGCUGCAGACGAGUGGCGCAGCAGCUGGGGUACCAGUAGGAGGGGAAGGAGACGCCUCCGCCCCUACCCCUAUGGAUGAUGGUUCACAACAGCAACAGCAACAGCAGCAGCAGCAAGAUCGCAGCAACAACAGUACCAGCAACAGCAACAGCAGUAGCAACAGUAACAGCAGCAACAGCAGCCAGAGCAGCUCUGCAGCGCGGCAGGGGAGCCACCUGGAGGCCCUUAAGGCAGAGCUGCGGCUGCAUAAGCAGCUACAAAAGGUAUUAUUGCAGGGUGAUGGAUUUGCAGGUAUAAAUAGAAAAAUACAAUUAAAGCCUAAAAGAUGGAGACACGAAUUAGAUGUGUCUCCUUCUGUCUCCUCAUGUGGGGUCGCCCCAAGAGACUCCUCUUCCAAACAGCAGCAGCAGCAGCAACCGCAACAACAGCAGCAACAGCAACAGCAGCAGCAGCACGGGGCACAAGAGACAGAGCAGCAGACAUUUCAAGGAGAGUUAAGCCGUAAAGCAUCGGCUGCUUGCCUUAGUGGAGCAAGUGUCCCCCCUGGGGUCUUAAGGUCUUGCAGUGUCCCCUUACUGCCUUCUGCCCCUCCUGUCUGUUUGUUGUCUCCGCCUGUUGCUUCUGCUGCUUCCUUUACCCUAGCUGAUAAGACCCACUACACAGGGGCAGCAAGCCCAACAGAGGCACCGAGCGCCGGUGCUGCUGGUGCUGCUGCUGCAGCAGCUGCUGCUGCAGCAGCAGUAGCAAACUGGCAGGAAAAGGCGCAGCGUGGGAACACCACAUGCAGCAGCCCUGCAGCAAAGCAGUCACCGCCGCAGGCAGGCAGCAGCGUCAGCAGCAACAACAGCACAGGCUGGUGCAACAGCAGCACCAGCAGCCACAGCAGCAAACAACUAGAGAGUUGUGUUGUUGUAGCUAAAUGGGGGGGAGAGCUAACAGCUAUAGGAAGGAAACAGGCAGAGGACUUAGGGCAACGCUUCCGAUACCAACUCUAUCCAGGAGACAGCGCAGGGUUACUGCGACUUCACAGCACAUUCCGCCACGACUUUAAAAUUUAUACUAGCGAUGAAGGAAGUCGCCUGUAG